AUGAACAGAAAAUUGCUCACAGGCGUGUUCCUGUGUUGGCUUAUCCUCGCCAGUGUAUCUCUGUCAGAAAGUGCGAUUGGUAAAUUCAAUUCAAGGCUAAGAUUCAAACGACAAUACGAUGAAAACGAUGAUUGUCCAGAAGGAACAAACCCUUGCAAAGACGAUGAAAGUGUAUGUGCACCUUAUUGUGAUGGACACGUUGAGUGUAUUGAUGGGUCGGAUGAGCAUAAUUGCACAACGAGCACAGUUUCAACGAGCGUUGAAACGGAAAAUGUUGGUUUAAGUACACUUUUGACAACAAUAGAUAUGUCAGCGGAUCCUCCUCUUCCACAAAUUUCGACGUUUUAUAGUAAAAUUCAACCGUCAGCUGAUGCAAAUGCAGAAGAUGAUGAAGAUCCAUCGGAGACAGCUGAGACCGAAGCACCAGAUGAUUCUAGACCUAAUAGUCAAAGUGAACUGCGAGUUGUUGUUCAACCAGACGUGAUACAAGUUCAACGUGGACAGACCGUUGAAUUAAGAUGUGUUGUUUAUGGAGCUGAUUCCAGUACGAGCGUCUUCUGGGUACAGGAAGAGCCUGAACGACGUCAUGCUCAGAUCGAUCAUGAGUCAGAGAAUGACAGAGAAAUCACUGCAUCACAGGUCACAUUAAGAGCACGCAUUACACUAGAUGAUGCAACAAAAAUCGGAACAUACUCGUGUAUGGCACAAGAUAGUAGUGGACAUACAGCAUCAGCUACUUUAACUAUGCGAGAAGGAGGUGCUAAUGGUGGUCACAGUUCAUAUAUAACUCAUCCUGGUACAAUGUCUCCGUCAUCGAAAGGACACUUGCGUAUUAUUGUACCGAAUAUAGCUGAAGGUGAUUCAGUUCAAAUUCAAUGCGAAGGAGCGGCACAGGAGGAUGAAAGUCGUAUUCAAUGGUAUUUUAAUAAUCGAAUUAUUCACGAUGAUCAACCAUUCUAUCCACGUGGUCGAACUCUUCACAUCAAUCCCAUUUCACAAUCUAAUUUGGGCAACUAUCGUUGCUCUAUUCCGAACAGUGAAUAUGCCGAUGCUACUAGUGAUUUAACGUUCAUAGGAUCAGGUUCAACGACAAUCAUACCUGCGUAUUAUACUCGACCACCAGUUGUUGGAUGUAAAUACGACGAGGCGACGUGUAAUAACGGAAACUGUAUUCCACGUUCUUAUGUAUGCGACGGCAAGAAUGAUUGCGGUGAUAAUAGCGAUGAAACAUGUAACCAUGGUGAUGCAUGUCAACCGAAUGAAAUUCGUUGUAUUGAUCGAACUCGAGGAAGAAAAUGCGUACAAAAGUUUUGGACAUGCGAUGGUGAUCGGGAUUGCGAUGAUGGAAGUGAUGAAGCACAGCAAUAUUGUGAUGUACUUCCACGUCAUCGUUACUGUAAACAGAAUGAAUAUCAAUGUGCUAGUAUGAACGGUUCUAAUGGUAAUCCAAUCUGUAUUCCACGAUCAUUUCAAUGCGAUAGUUACAAUGAUUGCCCUGAUCGAUCAGAUGAAAUCGGUUGUGCGAAACCAACAAUCCUGACACCACCACAACGUCAAGUGGAAAUCAAGCUUGGUGAUACAUUAACUCUCCAAUGUACUGUCCGCGGUACACCGGCACCUUACAUCAAUUGGCGUCUCAAUUGGGGACAUAUUUGUCGUGAUUGCGCGGAGUAUAACCGAUGUACUAUGAUACAAACAGCAGAUCCAAAUGAUUCAUCUGUGAUCACUGGUAUCCUUACCAUUCGCAAUGUCAACGUAAAUGAUGGUGGCGCAUAUUCAUGCGAGGCACUCAAUAAUCAAGGCUUCACUUUCGCCGUUCCCGACGCCAUCGUCAGCGUCAUAGUUGCACCUGGGCAGUCCUCGGCCAUUACAUGUGGUGCACCACCUCCACCACCCAGCACGACCCGUCCACCCCCGCCCCCACCGCCACCCACGCGUCCAGCUCCACCGCCAAUUCCAUACGUAUGCUUUUGUAACGGCCAUUCAGAUCGCUGUGAUGAAAAUGGACGAUGUCUAGAUUGCCGACAUAAUACAAUUGGCUACCACUGUGAAUUAUGUGCUCCAGGUUAUCAAGGAAACGCUGCUGGCGGUACAUCAUGCGACUGUCAAGUUAUUGUACCCAGCUCAAUACAUCGUUGUGAUCCUGCGGGGACACAAAUCGAACGUGGUGGUCGUUGCAUAUGUAAAUACAAUGUUGAAGGUGAACGGUGCGAUCGGUGUAAACGAAGUCAUUUCUACCUCAGUCUCGAUGCACCACAAGGUUGUUUCUCGUGUUUCUGUUCGGGUGUAUCAGCCGAUUGUAGAUCGAUAGACUGGUUACGUAAGCCUAUUGCUCUUGACAUCUAUAAUUGGAAUGCCGUACCGAAAGAUUUCGAGAGCAAUUCCUAUCAAGUCAAUGAUGGUAUUCAAAAACUCAACGGUGGACACGAUCUAGCCAUCAAUCAAGAUUCAUUAGGUCGAUCAUCCAAGGAAGUUCUCUAUUGGAAAGCACCAUCUGAAUCGCUUGGCAAUUUUGUAACAUUGUACGAUGGUAACAUUGAGGUCCAUUUUACUAACGAUGGAAAUGAUCGCGAAGAACCAAGUGAUGAUGAAGCUAUCUGGUUACGUGGAAACAAUAUCGAUCUAGUACAUAAACUUCCACAGACACAACGAUUCAAAGCCAAUACGAGAGAUGUUUAUUCAGUUGCAUGCAAUGAGAGAACAUUCACUCGUAGAGAUGGCGGCUCUGUUACUCGUGAAAUUGUACUUAUGGCUCUAGCAGAUUUGGAUCUAUUACUAAUCAAAAUUAAUCCAAUUGGUGGACAUCGAAAUGCUGUACUUCAUGGCGUCACGCUGAGUGUCGCCAGUCGCGAAGGUCGUGCAGAGAAUGCACCUUCAGUAGAAACAUGCCAUUGUCCCUCGAAUUAUACCGGUACAUCUUGUGAGAAAUGUGCUGAAGGUUAUGGUCGAGUACAUCCAAUUGUCGGUUUCUAUUUGGGACAUUGUUUAUCAUGUCAAUCGCUAUGCCGUGGACGAGCAUAUCAAUGCGAUCAAGAUACUGGCAAAUGUUUCAAUUGUCAAGGUAACAGUGAAGGUGAUCAUUGCGAACGGUGCCGAUCAGGGUACAUGCUCGAUGAACGAACUAAUCAAUGCGUACUGAAAGAUGGAUCGUCAAUAGACACGUCAAGCCCAAGUAGCAUUCGAGCUACAUAUUUGAUUGAUCAAAAGCCAUACAAUGUACAAGGCUCUAAACCAUUCCAUAUUACUUUGAAUGGUGGUCAACCAGAACAACGUGUGCGUCUUCAAAUUAUUAAUGCUCAACCACGAACUGUUGUUUGGCGUCGUUCUGAUGGCAGUGCAUUGCCAGCAGCUGUCGUUCAAAUUGACAAUGAUCUGAUCUUUCGAAAUCCAUCAGGUGAUCAAGCUGGAAGUUAUGUUGGCACCGUUACGCUUUCGGAUGGUACCACUGAAUCCAUCGUCAUUCAUCUAGAUUAUCAUCCAGGAGCUGCAAUCAAAUUGACUAUUAGACCGAAAGUCAUACAGUUGAAGGAGGGUCAACGUUUAACUGUUCAAUACGUCGUUUCUUCUCAUGACUCAGUCAGCGUUGUUUGGAAUCGAGUCACUGCUGAUGGUAUUGAACCAAUGCCGUCUUACUUUGAAGUCGGACAGAAUCAUUUGAUUCUUCAAAAGGCUACGCUUGAUGCCGCUGGUACCUAUCGAGUUGUUGCACGCAAUGCAUAUAGCGAAGAUACACAAGAAAUUCAAAUUAAAGUGGCACCACGUCGCCGCAUUCGUGUGCAAGGUCCACCGCAAAUUCGUUUCGCACAAGAUCUAUACAGUAUCAGUCUUGGUGAAGCCAUUGAUAUUAUACCAACUAUCGCUAGAGGAAGAGGUGCGACAGCAGUUUGGACAAAAGUUGGUUCAUCGGCUUUACCCAAUGGAGUAUCUUCACGUGAUAAUGGUGUCCUUCACAUCGAAGGUCAUUCCAGUGAUGUUGCUGGACAGUACAGUCUUGACGUAACUACUGAUCAAGGACGCACAUCAUCGGCGAUCUAUGUUCAAUGGCGCGAAUCAUCUAAUCAACAAAAUAAUCAUGGAAAUGAUGUUCAUGACAACGGUCAUGUCGGUGUUCGUUUUCAAGCACGUGAUGAGCAAAAUCACCACCUAGGUCAAGACAUUAAUUUACAGUGUGCAGUUUAUGGAAAUGUCGAACGUCCAUAUGAAUAUGCGUAUACCAAAGAUGGUCAAGCAUUAGCGGAUAACGUAGAAGUACAUCCAGAUGGUUUGCUACUUAUUCGUAACGCCCAAUCUAGUGAUGCUGGACGUUACAGAUGUCAAGUGACGUUUCCACAUGCGCCGUCAAUUCAAACACAAGAGAGUAGCUAUGAUCUACGAAUUACAGGUUCUUCAAACGGAGGCGAAGAGUGGAAUGGUCAUGGUGAAGAAAAUGAUCGAGAAAUUCAUCAACGUGCAGAAGCCGUGGAAGUCUUUGUCGAACCAGCAGAAGUCACUCUCGGACGUGGCGAAACAGCGCGCAUCACAUGUCAUGUAAAGAAUGCUCAACAAUACAAAGUAACUUGGCAUCGAUACGCACAUGACACCAGUCUCCCAGCAUAUGCUCGUCAAGAAGGCAACACUAUCGUAUUGGAACCAAAUGAAAACUCCGAAGCUGAACAACUCUACUUCCAAUGUCAAGUGGAUGUUCCAGGUCAUUCUAACCCGUUCCAUGCCUAUUCACCAGUGACAAUCCGCAGCGAUGAUGAAUCUCGUAAAAAGAAAAAGAAAAGAUACAUAUAG